UUAGGGGGAGUCGUGCAGGGUUAUCCCAACAGCCACAGCCGACCGAAGUCUGUCGUGUUCUUCAAUGUGUGACUUUUAUAGCUCUGAAGUGACACCAGGGCGUCAACCAAUAUUGACCACGAUGAUGCGAAGCUACAAAAACUGACCUCGUACCAUUAAGAAACAAAAGCGAUACUGUUAUUGGGACGGUCUUGUCAGAAACGAUGAUAAAGAGAUCGACGACAACAGCAGUAACAGUGACACUCCUGUGUGUACUGUGUGUCGGUGAAAGUCAACAACAGGCCCCCGUUACAACUUUAAAACAAAAAGCACAGGAUUUUAGCUGCCCCAGUGAAGAUAAGGAAUGCAACAAGGACAAGCUGGGAUUUGAUGCAAUCUCACUGCUCCAUGGCAAGCUGGAUGAUGACAAGAAUGGCAAUGUGGACCUGUCUGAGAGUGAUGAGUUUCUCCGAGAUGAGCUCCAGUACACAGAUGGAUUUGAAAGGCACAAUAUAUUCCAUGGCAAUGACAAACAAAUCACCGUAGAUGAGCUAUGGGUUCAGUGGAAGCAGUCGGAAGUGUAUAACUGGACAGUAGAUGAUGUCUUGGACUGGGUUACUGUCAGCGUUGACCUGCCACAAUAUGCAGAGAACUUCAGGGUCAACGCAGUGGAUGGAACAGUUUUACCAAGAAUUGCGGCAAACAGCAACCAUUUUCUCAGUGGGAUUUUAGGGAUAAAAAACCCAGUGCACAAACAAAAAUUGUCUCUAAAAGCUAUGGAUGUAGUGCUGUUUGGUCCACCGAAAAAAGGCCACAGUUACAUCAAGGAUAUUGCCCUGGUGGCAUCUUUGGUCAUUGCUAUAGGAGGCUGCUGGUUUGCCUAUAUACAACACAAGUAUUCCCAAUCACAUAUGAAGAAGAUGAUCACAGAUCUGGAUAACCUGCAGAGAGCAGAGGAUGCUCUGACAGAGCUACAAGAGAAGCUACACAGAGCCCAGAAGAGCCAACAGGAGGUAGUACAGGAGAAGCAGCACCUGGAGGCCAAGAUGAAGGAUGAGAUUCAGGAUGCCAAGCUGGAAGCAGAAAGGCUGAAGCUGGCCAGAGAGGGCACAGAGGCGGACAUGACGCGGUUAAAGCUGGCAGAGGAAGAAUUGGCUCAGGUAAGGUCUGCCCUGCGGCAGGCAGAGCGCGAGUUGGAAAACAUGAACUGGCGACCUCCAGCUGACCUUCAGGACUGGCUCCAGCUGACCUACGAGAUAGAACUGACACAUUACAACACCAAGAAGCUGAGCGCUGAGAGACAGCUGGCUGCAGCCAAAGAUGCUUGUGAGAGAAUCCGUAAGAAAAGAUCAGCAUUCAUGGGCUCUUUACGGCUGGCACACAGCAGCUCUAUAGAUGAUGUAGAUAGAAGAAUAAUUGAUGCCAGAUCUUCAUUGGAAGAAGUGGGUCGAGAUUUACAAGAGCGCCUCCAAAGAUGGCGGCAGAUUGAGGAGCUGACAGGCUUCGCCAUCCUCACCAACCCAGGAAUGGCUCAACUCUCCUCCAAACUCUAUGGCAGUUCUCACCCGCAAGGUCAUGAUACUGCAGCGUAUCUGAGACCCACAGAUAUAGACGACGGGUCAGAUGAAGAUAUCCCUCCAGGUUAUCAUGCUGCAGUUGCACAUUUAGCUGCUGCCAAUCAAUAUUUGCGUCACUCCUGUUCAUUUCCAGGCCAGUUGUCAAAAGUGGUGACAGAGCUGGCUGCCAAAGAAGCCAAGCUUAGACAACAGGGUGCAAGGCCGGGUGAAAUAUACGCACUGCGCUGGCGUGCUAGGACUCGAAUAGCUCACUUGCAAGCAUUGUCACAUGCAUCACUGAAUGGUGAGCAACGUCGCAUAUCUAGGCAACACGCACAUGCACAGGAGGACACGAGUUCCAGCUCGGACGUGUCCCCCACGGGACAGGUGGUGUUUGGGAUUGAAGAAAGCUGCCAAAAUGAUCAGUCUAGUGACAAAUCCAGUACCUCCUCCCAAUUGUCCACAUAUAAACAGUCGAAAAGUCUUGACAGAGACACAAUGAGCGUGAGCAGGAAACCCCUGGUGAACUCCUGCUCAGAGGGCUCAUUAAGCACACUAUCAGAAGCAACUACCGAGGGUAGAAAAAGACUGGGCACUUUUCCAAAGCAUUCUAUACAAUCCUCGGUGCCUUCCACGGUGGCCGAGGAGCACUCUAGUCCAGAGGAAGGGUCCACGGAGCAUUUGGACCAUUCUGACAGGAAGGAAAAGAAGAAAAGGAAACUACUGCCUAAUUUCUUGAAAAAGGACCACAGCGAUAAGUGGAAGACAUCCUAAACGAGUGGGUUGGUCAUUGGUGCUGUUACAUGUAGAAUGGGUAGCUGUGUUCACCCCAGUGAUGGUAAUGAAAUUAGAAGAUUUAUAUCAUUAUAGCAAUGUAUCAUGCAAAAUUACUCUCUUUGGUGCCUCGGUUCAGACCUUUAUGUGGGUUUUUUUUUUUGUAUGGAGGUCAUGACAAGGUGGAUCGAUAUUGGUUGAUUUAUAGCAUACCAGGGUCUGGUCACUAAAUAUUAGCCUGAAUUAUUGAGGUAUUUGUCAUCAUUUUUGGAUGUCCCUUGGUUUCCAUAAACAGAUUUGCCUAAUGUCCUAAAUUUUAAUGACAUAUAAAAUC